AUGGCGACUUUUGCGGCUAAAUAUCUUGUAUCGAGUGCAACAAGUGGAGUUACCGGCAGAGUUGGGGAGUUGGGCGGAGAUAUAGGAAAAACACUCAGUAUGGAGAAUUUGAGUAAAAAAGACAUAGAAAGAGCUGAAAAAGAACUGAAUAAAGAAGAGAAGGCAAGGAAAAAGAAACACCACAAAAUGGAAGCAAUACGAGAAAAACUAAGAUCUGACAUGAGAGGAAAAUACGGAAUCAAAAAAAGGAGAGCACACGAACCAGUUGAAACACAUACUGGAGUAUUGAUGCCAAAAAGCGAAAAAGAACUGCUGUUAAGUCCUGACGACAAAGAUCAGGAAGAAGACGAUGAAUGUGUGCUUUAUCCUUGUUGUCCAUGGAUUCGUUCGUGUUGUCCUUGUUUAUACAACGGUAUCAAACAGUCGUGA